AUGUGGCUCCUGACAACUCUCUUCCUUUGGGCACACUCUGAAAAGCCAGUGAUCAUCUUGCAGCCUCCAUGGGUUAAUGUAUUCCAAGAGGAAAGUGUUACCUUACGGUGUGAGGGACUACGCCUGCCUGAAGACAAUUUUAUACAGUGGUUUCUCAAUGGUACAGUCAUUCAGACCUUGAGUCCCUGGUACACCAUUGCUGCUGCCAGUAUAAAUGACAGUGGUGAAUACAGGUGCCAAAUAGGUCUAUCCAUAAAAAGUGAUCCUAUACAGCUAGAAGUUCAAAGAGAUUGGCUACUGCUCCAGAUCUCUAACAGAAACUUGACUGAAGGAGAACCCCUGGCCUUGAGGUGUCAUGGAUGGAAGAAUAUGGUUGUGUAUAAAAUUAUUUUCUACCAAGAUAGCAAGUCCUUUCUGUUUUCUCGCCAAUAUCCCUAUUUCACCAUUCUGAAAACCAACCUGAGCCAUAAUGGCAUCUAUCAUUGCACAGGCAUGAAAAGAAGUAAUCGCUACAUCUCUGCAGGAGUAUCAGUCACUAUUAAAGAGCUAUUUCCAGCACCACGGCUAAAAGCAUCCUUGCAAUCACCCAUCCUAGAGGGGAGCCUCAUAUCUCUGACCUGUGAAACAGAGCUACUCCAGCAGAGGCCUGGUUCACAGCUUUAUUUCUCCUUCUACUUGGGUAACAAGACCCUGAGAAGUAGGAAUACAUCUUGUGAGUACCAGAUACCAAAUUCUAACAAGAAAGACUCUGGUAUCUACUGGUGUGAGGCUGUCACAGAAGAUGGAAGCAUCCUUAAGCAUAGCCCCCAGUUGGAGCUUCUAAUUCUUGACCUCCAGUCACCUAUUCCUAUCUGGUUUCAUAUCCUUUUUUAUCUAACAAUGGGAAUAAUAUUUUUGGUAAACAGCUUUUUCUAUAUGAUGAUGUAUAAGGAACUGCAAAGAAGUAAAAUUUAUUUCGAAAUCAGUUUUGGUUCUGGUUAUGAAAAGAAAAUGAAUUCCUACAUUCAAAGAGACAGACAUUUUGAUGAUGAGCUGAAAGGUCAGGAACAAGAACAGCAAGAAGAAAGUACACAGUUGGAGUCCCAAGAAGAAACUCAGUAUGCACGAAUAAACUGA